UCCUAUGCAGGGUGCAUGGCAGGCCCUUCGUUACAACUGCUUUUCGUUCGUUCAAUCUGCUGCCGGAGACUAGACUGUCGCGCUAACCCAAAAUGCAUUCGCCAUUCUCACUCUCCUCCUCGCAUCACCCACCGAACGCGACAUACGUAUCAUCAACGUCACCUCCUGUCCUAGAUGCACUCCCGUCAUUCGGGCAGGUACCCAAGACAAUCCACUCCACCAUCCAAGUCGUCAGCGACAGGAUGCAAAAGUCCAACAUCGUUCCCGUAUCUGUGUAUACUGGGCUCUCUACAUCAGAUACCAUUGCACCGCUAUUAACGCAGUUCGAGGACGGGAUCAAUCCACAUUCGGUAUCAUUCUUCAUUUGACUCGAAUACCUAGAUACUGACGCUUCCUCAGGUAUAUGUUCACCCAGCCCCCGACAUCUGCAAUGCAAUCAGUGCUGCACGUUCUCUUUUUCUCAACGUCAUUCAAGAGCAAUGACUGCCAACGUACAGAUGCUCCAGAAGAAGUG